CAACAUAGUACACAAACACAUUAAGUACAUGACAAAAGCAACUGUGGCUUUUACACCAAUACGCACCGUACUUUACUUACAGGCUAUACGGUCAUGAAUGACACACUUAGCAUAGACGCUUAUUACACACAAAAUACUGAUAUACAGUCUUAAAGAAGACUUACUAUAAAGCAUGUUAGCUUUUACACUUACAAAAUACUAACUCAAUUACUUAAAUGCAGUGUUGCAUAAUACUACUCAUGACUACAAAAGGAAUAUGACUAUAAUAGUCCGCCAUACUUAUAAUUCGAUUUAAUUGCUAAAGAAUUAAAUCGCUUUAUUAGAGAGACCAUUAUUUGGGUUUUUUGGGGUGAUUAGCAUACCCCAAUAGCUACUUCGUCAAUUAGUCAACCCCACUGCACUUCCUUUUCCUUUUCAUCGACGGAGUGAAGCAGACGAGAAAUCGCUAUCCAGUUUGAAAUCUGUUUAUUUUAAUUCUUUAUUGUUAAAUUUAAGUCAUUCUAUCGUAAAAUUUUAAAAAAGAGAAAUAUUUGACCAAUAUCUUAUAGCUUUAGUUUCUCCAUUGUUUAUUUAUUGCGUUUGAUGAUGCACAUUUUAAACAGUGUUAAUCGGCCACAUGUUUGAAAUUUAUAGUGGGCAUGAAUAAUACAUUUUCAGUAAUUAAUUUUCAAGCUACGUUGUUUUUUCUCAUAGUUAGAAGUUAGUUUCAGAUAAAUAAGAGAAUGCCAAGGGGGAAACCUGCUCGAAAGAGACCUGCUGCGUCUGCCAGCGCCGAGCGGCAACCAGCCCAAAGUACUAAGAGGAGACAUACCGGUAGAUCGACCGCAAAUCCUGUUCCAGCAGUAGAGGACAACAUUAAUGCCGUGUCAAACAGUGCGCCAGCUACCAAUGAUGCUACUGAUGCUGUCUGCACUCCAAGUUUGGAUUCUGCCUCUGUCAAUGGUCCUGGAUCCUCUAUCCAAGGCAGUACAGCAGAAGUUGUUAAAGUAUGGAUUGUUGGAUCCUCAAUUAUUUGGCAAGCAUUUAGUCAUGCUAGGUUGAAUGGGGGGUCCAAUCUUGAUUUUUCUCCAAUGGAAGCCAACAUAUGGUGGCAGGGAAAAGGCGGCAUGAGAUGGCGACAUCUCCUCCCCAAAAUCAGGCAAAUGUUACGGUAUGAAGACCCUCCACAUUUUCUGGUACUUCAUUGUGGUGGUAAUGAUAUUGGUCAGAUUAAAUCUAGCGAAUUGCGCGAAAAAAUGGAGCAAUCUUUAGAUGCACUUUCUCCACUGUUGCCAAGAACAAAAAUUAUUUGGUCGCAAAUACUUCCAAGACUGAAAUGGCGUAAUGCUAGAGACAACAAUGCUCUCAAUAAGACACGGGUGCGAGUAAAUAGCUUUGUAGCUACAAAACUUUUAGCACACCAAGGGGGCUACAUUCGCUAUCAAAAGAUUACUCCAUCCGACAAAAGCUUAUUCAAGGGAGAUGGGGUGCAUUUGACUGAAAAAGGCAAUGAAAUUUUCCUUAAAACCUUGACGAAAGCUUUCAAGAGGUUUAUUUCGUCAGGUGUAGGAGUUUACUAGUACCCUUUGUCUUAAUUAUGUAAUGGCCAUGGCAUACACUUAAUUCUAGCUAAAUAAUAGUCAUAAAUUUAACAUUCUAAAUUCUAAGAUUAUAUACUCUUAAACAUCAUAAGUUAGCAUCUUAAUAAUUGUGUUCAGCUACCGCCCUUAUGGCGGUGGACACUCCGUGUCCAUAUGGCGCAAUCUUUAGCUGAACUUAAAUAGGGCUAUAUUUAGUGAGCAUCUGUUCCCAGGGCUCGCUACAACUCUAAUUUUCAAUUUGCUUAUUUGUGUCAAAUUUGAUAUGUUUGAUUUGCUAUUAUGUUCUUUAACAGUUUCAUGUAUAUUCCCAUAUUUCUGAUUCAUUUGCAUAUUUGACAUUUUCAUGUGCAUUUCCAUUUACAUGUAUUAGCCAUUUGGGUUGCCAUUAUCGCCCUAUUUACAUGGGUCGGUAACCUUGGUUACAAAUGUAGCCAGUAAAUAAUUGUAAAUUGCUGAAAAUUUUCUAUUACAUGUAUUUGCCAUUUGGGUUGCCAUAAUCGCCCUAUUUUCAUGGGUCGGUAACCUUGGUUGCAAAUGUAACCAGUAAAUAAUUGAAAUUUAUACUGUAAUCCAAAAUUGUAGUGUAGCCAUGGCCAUUAUUCGCCAAUAAAUAUUACAAUUAUAGUUUUUGGGUUUUCUCUUAAUAAUUCGAUUUAAUUGCUAAAGAAUUAAAUCGCUUUAUUAGAGAGACCAUUAUUUGGGUUUUUUGGGGUGAUUAGCAUACCCCAAUAGCUACUUCGUCAAUUAGUCAACCCCACUGCACUUCCUUUUCCUUUUCAUCGACGGAGUGAAGCAGACGAGAAAUCGCUAUCCAGUUUGAAAUCUGUUUAUUUUAAUUCUUUAUUGUUAAAUUUACCCACCCGCCCACACCAUUUUUUACUACAGUAACUGAUAUAAAUGUAUCAAGAGACUAUACAUAGACAUGUAUAUUCCCACUAGAUAUGAUUGUGAAUGUUAAUCUGUCAAGGUAUUUCUGGGACGGUAUUUCUGCUGUUUAUUAAUUAUGCUUUCAGUUCUUGCCACUUCCAAUAACCAAUAUCAAACGAUUUUGUCAUGGCGCACUACAAUGAGGUUGAUCCAGCCAGCUUGUUUCCAAAAAGAUCACGCACCAGCAGCCUGAAUGUUGUGACUUCCAUGAUUCCUUUUCUAUGGUUUGUGCCGACCUCGAGCAGGGAUUUAUAUCGUUUUAUGACUGUAUAAAGGUUAAAUAUUGAUGUUUCUCUAAUUAUUGCAAUCUUUAGCUGAACUUAAAUAGGGCUAUAUUUAGUGAGCAUCUGUUCCCAGGGCUCGCUACAACUCUAAUUUUCAAUUUGCUUAUUUGUGUCAAAUUUGAUAUGUUUGAUUUGCUAUUAUGUUCUUUAACAGUUUCAUGUAUAUUCCCAUAUUUCUGAUUCAUUUGCAUAUUUGACAUUUUCAUGUGCAUUUCCAUUUACAUGUAUUAGCCAUUUGGGUUGCCAUUAUCGCCCUAUUUACAUGGGUCGGUAACCUUGGUUACAAAUGUAGCCAGUAAAUAAUUGUAAAUUGCUGAAAAUUUUCUAUUACAUGUAUUUGCCAUUUGGGUUGCCAUAAUCGCCCUAUUUUCAUGGGUCGGUAACCUUGGUUGCAAAUGUAACCAGUAAAUAAUUGAAAUUUAUACUGUAAUCCAAAAUUGUAGUGUAGCCAUGGCCAUUAUUCGCCAAUAAAUAUUACAAUUAUA